AUGAGAUUAGUAAAAUAUAACGUUAUAAAGGCCUUUGAAAAUUAUCUGCCAACCCUCAACGAUUUCGAAAUAGCCCAUGAGAAUGUACCAACACUCGGUCCAGGUGAAUUUCUUGUCAAAGCCGUGUACAUAAGCGUGGAUCCAUACAUGCGAUCUUUUGCCCAUCGUCGAAAGGUGCCUUAUGAACAAUUUGGCUUUCAAGUCGGCAAAGUUGUCGAAAGCCAGAACUCCGAAUAUCCGGAGAAUGUGUACGUAGUUUCACAUUCUGGAUGGCGUGAAUACACAGUCCUGAACGGUAAUCCCGACGACAUAUUUAGUUUAAAACCUUAUCAGCCUCAAAUUGGGAACUUACCCCUGUCUCUUUCACUUGGAGCGCUAGGAAUGCCCGGUAUGACAGCUUACCUCGGCAUGGUGGAAAUAUGCAAGCCGAAAAAAGGUGAAGUGGUAUGCGUAACAAGUGCGGCUGGAGCCGUCGGUUCAAUAGCCGGCCAAAUAGCAAAAAUAAAGGGCGCCACAGUCAUUGGAUUCGCUGGAACCGACGAAAAAGUGCAAAUGUUGCUUGAAGAACUAAAUUUCGACCAUGCGUUUAACUAUAAAAAGGAAAAAGAUAUAAUGGGAACGAUACGAUCGACUGUGGAAGGGAUAGAUUGUUAUUUUGACAACGUUGGCGGAGAGUUAGCUAUGACGAUUCUAAAAUGUAUGAAUCCGGAAGGCCGCGUCGCAGAGUGUGGUUCCAUAAGCACGUACGGGAAAUCGCUGGCUAACAAGAAGCCGGCUUUACCUGGCUCAGUUAAGAUUCAGUCUUUUAGCUUUGCACAAUGGGAUUGGUCGCAACAAAGCGCGGCCUUACAACACAUUCGCCACUGGAUAGAAAAAGGUGCCAUUAAAGUGAAAGAGUCCGUCGCAAAUGGUUUCGAAGUACUGCCAGAUACAUUCAUUGCUAUGCUGAAAGGUGAUAACGUUGGAAAGUCCUUGGUUAAAGUUUAA